GUCAAAUUUUUAGCGUAACGGAUACUGAAAGCGUGACAGGUGCAAUAACAACAGAACAAGCACUAGAUAUAGCGGGCGAACUAGAUGACGAACAGCUACAUCUACUAGUUGAAGAAACUUUAGUUAGCAAUGCAUUCCUUGCACAAGAGACUGCUAUGUUGGAAUGGUUCUGCAGUCGUAUUGAUCCUAAGGACUUGCAGAAAGCAACAGCUACUACAGUGCAGCUUACAAAUUCUUCAGCAUCAACAUCAAUGCAGGAUGUGCGAGGAGGUAACAGAAAGCGGUCAAAGUCAAGGUCUUCUUCUAUAGAAAAGGUACUCAAGUUGUUGCCAGAGCAAAAGUGUGACAUUGCUCAAGCUCAGAUAGAGGAGAUUCGAGAAGCACUGGUGAACCUGCAGAGUGAUUCAGAGAAAAUCCUCAGCAACCACAAGGCUGUCAUGGAGGAGGCAGAAAUGCGAUCAUGUGAGCUGAAAAAGUCCGAAUACGAGUUCGAACGAGACAUCAUCAAGGGUGCCGUAAAUCCGAGGAGUGGGAAAAUCAUUUCAGAAAAAAUAGUGCGACAUUUUGAGGACAAGAUGAAAUCCCGGGAUGGCUUGAUAGAGAAAUUACGAUUGAAGAACUCUACUUUGAAAGUUCAAUUGCGGAAACUCCGCCUACAGUUGAAACAGAAAGAAGAGAUGGGAGAGGUGUUGCACGAGGUUGACUUCCACCAGCUGAAGAUCGAGAACAGCCAGUAUCUAGAGAAGAUCGACGAACGCAACCAGGAGCUGUUGCAGCUGAAGAUGGUUGCCGGCAACACUAUGCAGAUUCUCAGCCUGCAUAAGAAAAAACUGCAAACACUAAUGAAGGAGGCAGAAAGCUUAGCUGCUGAAAUCGACUCCAGAAAUGAACUGCUGAAGAAAAUCAUUUCCGAGUCAUCGAUAGUGCAAAAGGAGAAGGAGAAGGCAAAUAUUGUUAACCAGCGUCUCACCGAGCAGCUGUCGAACUACAGAGUUCCGGAAACACUGGACUACGUCAAUGAGAAGGCUCGACUCUACGAACUGCGAAAGUCUGUGCAGAGUUGGAAGCGAAAGGUGGAAAUAGCUGAGAUGGCAUUGGGAGGGCUGAAGAGGAACUGGCAGCAACUAAAGGCAGGAUUGGCCACUGACGUAGCUGUAAAACAGCACAGCAAACCACUCUCUGGUUCCGUGCAGGUGCUGUGAAUAUAUGCACCCUCACAGGAGCAGAGUACAAUGCAAGGCAAUCCACAGUAGAACUGAAUGGCAACGUGUAAAUAUUUAUCCGACCUGUAUAUGUGAUAAAACAAAUAUGUCUGAUCACUAGAAGUGUGCACUGUGUCUGUGAGUAGAAAGGUGUGAAUAAACUUCAAUAAUUUAUGUCA